AUGCAGCCGCACCACUCUCUCCCCGCCCGCCCUCCGCCUGCCACUCACCCGACCUCGCCUUCGAGACCUAACAACAGUAGCAACAGCACAGGCGCGCGAGCCCAGAGCAGCUCCACCAUGUUUCCUGCUUUCACACCGCGCUCGGUAGCAGCCCACGCGCCCCCUCAGCCAUCUGCUGCCGCCGCAAACUUCUCGCAAGCCACAGUGAGCGCUCCAUACCAAGCACCCGCUUACCCGACCAGCAAUGCUUACAACAACUACUCGUACCCAGCCUAUGCAUCGGGUGCUCCUGCUUCCGCCUACUCGGCUGCUCCUUCCGUGAACCGCGGAUAUGGCGGCGCGUACGACCCCGAAGAAGAGGCACGCAUUGCAGAGUGGAACAGCGCGUACAACGCGGCCGACGCCAACGCAAAGAAGGGCGCCAACCCAAGCGUCGCCGCCCGCCCAGAAGCUGCUGCCGUCAGCGAGGCCGAGACUGGUCUCACAGCCGACGGAAAGCGCAAGACCGUAGUUCGCGAGGGCGGUGGAAAGCAGUGGGAAGACGAGACUCUGCUUGAGUGGAACCCUCUGCACCCCCGACUGUUCAUAGGAAAUCUUGCUGGUGAAGUCACUGAUGAUUCGCUCCUCAAGGCCUUUGCAAAGUACCCCUCCCUCUCCAAGGCCCGCGUCGUUCGAGACAAAAAGUCGACAAAGAGCAAGAGUUAUGGCUUCGUCAGUUUUGCCGACACCGACGACUACUUCCGAGCCGCAAAGGAAAUGAAUGGCAAGUACAUUGGCAGUCACCCGGUCCUCAUCAAGCGAGCCACAUCCGAGAUCAAGCCUAUUGUGAAGCGAGAGGACAGGCACAAGCAGCAGGGCAAGAACAAGAACAACAAGAACAAGGAGAACAAGGACAGGCCCGGUUCAAGCAGUACCCCCGCCGUCGUCGCAUCUCCUGCCAUGUUCAUACCCCGCGGUGUUCAGAAGAAGAGCAAGUCAAGUGGCCCGAGGGUGUUGGGUUGA